GCACAUACAAGGAUGGGAGGUCCAUAUGUGAAGAGAAACACUUCUGAGUCUCGAGAGCAGACGAUUGAUAAUGGUAAUACUCUAAUGCGUCUCUCGGAGGUCAUUCAGACAGCCGCAAUUCGCAUGUAUACUCUGGCUCUUGAACAUAAAGUCACGGAAGGAAGGAAGAAUAUGAACGUUUUUGCUGUCUGUCUUUAUAUCGCGUGCCGACAGAAGGAGACUCGAAAUUAUAUGCUUAUUGAUUUCUCUGACUUGUUGCAA